CUAUUCCUCCCACUGACACCAAUGAUGGGGCGCUAUUCCUCCCACUGACACCAAUGAUGGAGCACUAUUCCUCCCACUGACACUAAUGAUGGGGACACUAUUCCUCCCACUGACACGAAUGAUGGGGCAUGAUUCUUCCCACUGACACCAAUGAUGGGGCACUAUUCCUCCCACUGACUAAUGAUGAGGCACUAUUCCUCCCACUGACACUAAUGAUGGGACACUAUUCCUCACACACUGACACUAAUGAUGGGGCACCAUCCCCAUCAUUGGAAUACCAUACUGAAAUAGCAUACCAUAUUGAAAUCAAAUCUGCUGUUUUUUCA